UUGUUGUUUUUGUUCAGCUGAAUAAGUAGACCAGUCGACAUCUUUGAAGAGCGACCGCAUUCCUUUACGUUAUGACCGUAUUUUGAGCUUAGAAACUCAUUCCGGGCCUUCUUUUGAAAAACUUGGUGACACAGGGGACCACCGGAGUAUAUCUGGAUUUCACCUGUUUUUGUUGAAACUUGUUUUUUGUCUUUUCCAAAGAUGGGCAGCCAGUACCAGCGCUCUGUACCACUUGAGGUGAGGAGAGCGGAGGGAGAGAGAGUCCGGGCCAAGCAUCCUGACAAGAUACCGAUCAUCGUGGAGAGGGCCCCCAGGUCACGAGCUCCUGAACUGGACAAGAAGAAAUACCUAGUGCCCUCAGAUUUAACAGUUGGUCAGCUGUGCUUCUUGAUCCGUCAGCGUGUGUCUUUGAGACCAGAGGAAGCGCUCUUCUUCUUUGUCAACAACUCCCUCCCCCCUUCCAGCUCCCCUCUCUCUGCUGUAUAUGAGGAGCACCACGACGACGACCUGUUUCUCUACAUGACCUACAGUAAUGAGAGCGUGUACGGUGCCUGAGACAGAACUAAAGACUGGAGAAAGAGACAGAGAGAGAAUGAGAGGAGGCUGUCUGAGGAAUAAAGAGUCAUGGCUGUUUGUAAUGCAUCGCACCACUUUUAUUCUCUUAAAUAUUAGUUUUGAUAAGUAACUACAGUACAUGGUGGAAGAAAAUCUUUGUACAAAGUAGAAGGGGUUGCUGGUGGAGUUUUACCCUUGACAGUAUUUCACGUGAGCAUUAUUUAGUACACUUAAAAAGUCCUGUUGCUUUCUUACUUGGUGGAAGGAGAAUGCAUUGUAAAAGGAAGUUAUUAAAAUUAAGUCUGAAGAGCUCUCAUCUUUCUCAGUCAUUUGUAUUUAAUGCAAAUAAUGUUUGUUUUUGUAAAUUAUCGUUAACUUUUGUGGAAAAUAAAUAAAAUGUAAAAAAAAAAAAAAAAAAAAAAAA